GAACCGGUACAGGAGAGCGAGAAGUAUUCGCAGCCGGGUGAAAAGAGCGGUCAAGGCUACAGAGCGAACAACCUCAGGCUCCGGUUCUGGGUAGAGGCUCUCCGGCGUCGACAAACUCCAAAGGAAAGUGCGGGGGACAAAGGACAGCAAAGAUGAAGUUCUCGCAUAGUAUCCAGUUCAAUGCGGUGCCGGAUUGGAGUGCCUAUUACAUUGCGUAUAGUAAUUUGAAGAAAUUGAUAUAUUCGCUCGAGCAGCAAGCUCGGAAAGCAAGCGGACAGGCACAGUCGGAUGUCGAGUCCGCGCCGCUGUUAAGCGGGACACCCACGCCCGAGGCGGUGUUCCGCCGGGCGCUGAACGCAGAGCUGGAGAAGAUAUGUAGCUUCUACGAGGUCAAGGAGUCGGAGAUACUCAAGGAGGUGGAGGACGUUGUCCGUGGUGCCGAGGAGUACUCAUCCAAGGCGGACGUGGCGGACGUGGACCCCAUGAGUGACGCUAUGGUCAAGUCGCGGAGGAUGAGCUCUAGCUCUCGCUCGCGCCCGCGGACUGGCGGCUCGUACCGCGAUUUCCCGUCGGAGGAGACAGAAGAUGACGAUGAUGGAGCGGAUAGCGAUGACGAGCAUCAGCCGCCGACCGGGCAGAGAGUGGUGCCGUUGACGGGUCGGUCGCGCUCGGACCUGAGCGAUUCGAGAUUCAUGGCUGACUCGACGACUCUGGGGUUUGUUCGGCGGGGGAGCGGCGGGCAUGAUGGGGACACGCGGUUUCUGGACCUGUACAACGAGGGCUUGUCGCUGAAGCAGCGGGCCGUGAACGCCUAUGUCUCACUGUGCGGGCUCAAGUCGUACAUCCAGCUGAACAAGACCGGUUUCUCCAAGGCUUUGAAGAAGUUUGACAAGAUCCUCGACUGCAAUUUGCGGCGCGAUUACAUGAGCUCCACCGUUUCCCCAGCUUAUCCGUUUACGGAUUCGACCAUGAAGAAGAUCGAGGGCGUGAUUGCCCGGAUCGAACAGCUCUAUGCGGACGUGAUUACGGGCGGUGACCUACCGCUGGCCAAACGGGAGCUGCGAUUGCACCUGAGAGAGCACGUUGUCUGGGAGCGGAAUACAGUCUGGCGAGAGAUGAUUGGCAUUGAGCGGAAGGCCCAGGCCGCGAAUGUUGGUAUUCGUCGGACACUGCUGGGAAUGGACGAGGACCCGGCCGCCGCACGACGACAGGGCGAUGAGCAGGAGGCUGCAGCCAAAGAGAUCAAGACGCCGUUUGGUCGCUAUAGCGUACCCGAGUGGCUCUGCAGCUUGAGUUUCGGGACGCUGAUUGUCAUCCUGGCGGUGUUUAUCAUCUUGCUCUAUGCUCCGAUCAUGGAUAAACCGGAGCAGCAGAACUGCCUGGCCAUGCUUGUGUUUGUCAGUCUGUUGUGGGCCACCGAGGUCAUUCCUCUCUUUGUGACGUCCCUCUUGAUACCCUUCCUGGUCGUCAUGUUGCGCAUUAUGAAGUCCGCGGAGAAGCCCUAUCACCGUCUGGGACCAAAGGACGCCACCAGCGCGGCGUUCAGCGCGAUGUGGACGCCUGUGAUCAUGCUCCUGCUGGGGGGAUUCACCAUCGCCGCUGCGUUGUCCAAAUACGACAUUGCUCGGCGGAUGGCCAUGUUUGUGCUGAGCAGAGCCGGAUCCAACCCCAAAGUUGUUCUCCUGACGAACAUGUUUGUGAGCAUGUUCCUUAGUAUGUGGAUUAGCAAUGUGGCGUCGCCUGUUCUUUGCUACUCCAUUAUUCAGCCUCUACUACGUAAUCUUCCUCCUGAUUCCAACUUUGCCAAGGCCCUUGUGCUGGGUAUUGCGCUGGCUGCCAAUGUCGGAGGUGCCGCGUCGCCGAUUGCGUCGCCCCAGAAUAUCAUCGCGCUGCAGAACAUGUACCCGAGUAUCAGCUGGGGGACCUGGUUUUUUGUCUCACUGCCCGUCUGCAUCAUUUCGAUCCUUUUGAUUUGGCUGCUCUUGCUGGCAACGUUCAAGCCCGGCCGCGGCACGACCAUUGUCCCAAUGCGACCGGUCAAGGACCGAUUUUCGGGUGUGCAGUACUUUGUGACGAUUGUGACGCUGUCCACCAUCGGGCUGUGGUGUGCUAGCCAUCAGCUCGAGCACGUCUUUGGCGAUAUGGGCGUGAUCGCCAUCAUCCCGAUGGUGCUGUUCUUUGGAACGGGGAUCCUGAACAAAGAGGACUUCAACAACUUCUUGUGGACCAUCAUCAUCUUAGCUGCGGGAGGUCUGUGUCUCGGCAAAGCGGUGACCUCGUCCGGGCUGCUGCACACGAUCGCCAAUGCGAUCACGGUGCGCGUCGACCACUUCAGUCUGUACGGGGUUCUGCUCGUGUUUUCGGCUCUGAUCCUGGUCAUGGCGACGUUUAUCUCGCAUACGGUUGCGGCGCUGAUCAUGCUGCCGCUGGUGCGCCAGAUUGGCGUGGGCAUGGACGACCCGCAUCCGAACUUGCUGGUGAUGGCGAGUGCAUUGAUGUGUUCGGUGGCUAUGGCGUUGCCGACCAGCGGGUUCCCCAACAUGACUGCUAUUAUGACCGAGGUCCCACAAACGGGUCAACGGUACCUCCACGUGCGGCAUUUCUUCACUCGCGGUAUCCCGGCCAGCUUGAUGUCGUGGGCGGUGAUUGUGACGAUUGGGUAUGGACUGAUGUAUAUUGCGGGGUUGUAGGGAGUUUAGAUGGUAUGUAUACAGAUUACCAGAUUACUUUUAGAGUAUUUACA